AUGGCGCAGAUCGAGCCCCAGGUGUUUGACCAAGGAAUGGAUCCAUUUCUUGCUAGGCUGACCAUACCAGCAGCCAACACUAGCCAAUCCCGAUGCACACCUCACAAUGGUUUGUCCUUGCUCAAUCGGCCUUCUCUCGACACACCCUCGUCUUUGGAAGGUUCACCAGUGCCACCACCGCCAUCCUUGUUCUCCUGCAAUUGCAGCUGUGAUAUCGGAAGCAACUUUGAGGCGUUUGCAACUGUAAUGUCGCGGCUACACCAACACCUUCUGGAUGCAGAUGUAGAGAUCAACUACACAGACUACUUAGAUUUGAUGAAACUGGAAGUCGAUCAACAGCUUAAUAGGCUCAAGGAGGAUAUGAUGCUCUUGAGAAGCCAGAACUUUGUUCAUGACAGUGAUGCAGAUGUUUCAUGCCCUGUGAUAUGCCAUCAUGGAAAGCCAAUAGUAGAGAUAGAUGAGGUGUUCAAUGACCUUAAGCUACUCUUGAUACUGGUGUUCCGGCAAAUUAAGGACAUGUUGAGCCUGUUCAACGCUUCAAUUCACGAUCUUCAGUGGGAGCAUGAUUUGCAAUUAGAGGUCACCGGCAUUAUGAUUGGAGACUGUAUCAGAACUCUUGAGGAUGAGCUAGAGAGGAGGUUUUUUGAACAAAGUUCCAUUGUUAACAAUCUAAGGGAGAACCGGAAGGAAACUGUGGUUCAGUGCGGUGCAAUCCGUCAAGAGUUGAUGUCUAUUUCGGAUAUGCUGUUACCUUCAGAAGAUGAAUCACAUAGUCCCCGCAGUAAGCAUGAAAAUCUGGGUAACAGGAGUAACAGAUGGAAAUACAAUCUCUUAAGAAAUAAAACAGGGGAGGAACACUCUGCAUCUUCCAGUGUGGAAACCAAGAAGUCUGCAACACAGAGAUCUGUAAGUCCCAGAGAAGUAAUUUCUGAAAAAUCCGACUUUCGGCAUCUCAAGGGUUCAACUGGGGAAGAAAUCAUAAACUACUUCAGAUCUGAGAUUAGUAAAUUAAAGAGGUUGCAUGAAUUGUACUUACAAGAUAAAACGGAAGAGCUGUUCAAAUUCAAACGAGAGAAGGCGUCAUUAGAUCUUAAGCAUGAUCUAGAAUUUGAGCAUCUAAGAAAGAAAGUUCCUGACAUCAUUUCAAGGGUUGACACAAUCAUUGCUAGUACCAUAAAGGCACCUACAGUUUGCAGCACUAGCGAGGCACUUGAGGAAAAUUGCAGAUUGGAUAAUAAAAUUGAUUCAUUGUACCUUGAAAACCAGCACCUUAGAGGUUUGCUUGCAGAAAAGAUGAAUGAUAUUAAGGAAUUAUCGUGCCAGAUAUCUGAUGCCAGGAGGGAAAUAUCACUUCGAUUGUCACUUGAAGAACAAAUUAUGAGACAAGUCGGCAUCAUUAAAGGAGACUAUGAGGAUCUCUAUGUUGAAAGCACUAUUAGAGAUGAAGUAUACCGAACUGUGACAAGAAAUUUUGUUGAUGACUGUAGGACCAGCAUGGAAGAUGCCUCACGGAAUUCUCAAGCAGAAGUGUCCUCACUUGAAGCUAAACUCUCAGAAAGGGAGAAGGCAUUGCGUUUAGCUAAUGAAGAAAAUCAGAAGCUAACAGAAAAGUUGUUGUUACUAGAAAAGGAACACUUCAUUGAAAAUAAUCAUGAAAAUCCAGAGCUAACCAAGCAAGAGAGUGAUGAAAUGAUACUUCGUGAUAUCGAGAUGGAGCCUCAUGUAUCAGCAAGAUCAUACGAGAGUUGUGAGCAGAGUAUGGAGGAUAAGGAGCUCGUCAAACUGAGCCAGACUACAGAGAUUGCCUCAACUACCUUACAUGAAGUUGAAACAAAAAAGUUGGAAUACAAUGGGUUUCUAGGCAAAAAUGAGCACAUAAUACAACUAGAUUUCAUUAUGGUAUCUAUUAUGGAUUUAUCAAAAGAAUUUGUGGAGAUUGAACAUAAAAUUUCAGGAGACAUCAAAGGAAAUGAGAAAAGAUCAGAUGAUCUGAGGGAUCAAUGCAACCAUGUGGUUCAACAGGCAAUAGUACUAACAAAGAAGGGCCUCUCAUAUAAGCAAAUGCUAGACCGAAGACGGUCCGAGCUUCGAAAAGCUGAAGCUGAGGUUGACAUUUUGGAAAACAAGGUUACUGCACUCCUAAGUAUUGCGCAAAAGAUAUAUGUGACUCUCGAGCAUUAUUCUCCCGUCUUUCAGCAGUAUCCUGGGUUACUGGGUGCUUUCUUGAAGACAUGCAAGCUUGUUGCAGGUCUAAGGAAUAAACAAAAGGAUGACUUACAAGAUACAACAUAA